GAUUUAAAAGUGAUUUAAAAUUUACUGGAAACAUUUUACUGAUCCGCACAAACCAGCUGGCAAUUCUGUGCCCAAACUAUGGAACAUGAUGAAUUCAGCCUGGAGUACUUUUGCAGACUGUGCGCAGCGGAGGGGGUGGUGAUACACCCUUUGUUUCCUCCGGGGGACGAUGACCCGAAGGAUGAACUGGUUAGGAUGAUCGACGUACUAACUUCGGUUACGUUGACGCGAACGCAGGACUCCUGCGCGGUGAUCUGCGAUAAAUGUCUGCAGAUGUUGGAUUUGUUUUGUAGAUUUCGAGAGGAAUGCCUUCGCCAGGAUGUGAUGAUACGAACACGACGUGUUUUGGAUAAGGAACGGCUUGAGGAAGAGCGGCGAUUGGCUGCUCAGCUGCUAGCACAGCAACAUGGCGUUGCUACGGAGGCUGUUGUUCAAAUUAAAGAGGAAGAAACUACUGAGCCACCGACCAUUGUGAUAGAUGACUGUAAGGAAGAGGAUGAAGACGAAGAAGACUCAGAGCUACAAUCAACAGAAACCGUGCAUCAAUCUAGUCUCGUAGCAAAUAGUACUUUCCAAUCACCGGCUGAGAUUUCACUUUAUUCACAGACGAGUAAUCUUUCCAUCUCGGUUCACGUCAAUCAGAUUUCACUGAACGGAAGCGCCAGUUCAGAGCAAGCGGAAGCAUCGGAAUCAACCGGUGCAGAAUUACGUCCUCAGCGAGCCGUCUUCCGAAAGGGAAAACUCGACCCAAACAAACCACCGCCAGACUGCGAGCUAUGUCAGGAGAGUUUUGGAACCCAUUACGACUACGAGCAACACAUGGACAAUGUACACGCGUGGGAUCGCGGAACGCGCUGCUCGUUGGCCUGCGAUCCGUGCCAAAUGCGGUUCACUAAAUCGUACAAUCUGAAGCGGCACAUGUACGAGGUUCACGGUGAGCUGGCCCCCGGACUAACGGUUACCGCGUGCGAGUACUGCGGGUUGCGGUUUUUGCGCGGUUAUACCCUCAAUCGACACGUUGCCAAAAUGCACAGCAAGCGAAAAGCGAAAAAGUUGAUGGUGAUCAAAAGUAAGUAAGCACGACUACCUAGUUCGUAAGGAGAGAAAAGACGUUGCGGGCCUGUCAGCCGCAAGACUGUCGUCGUACCAGUGGCCAUAUUUGGGUGUAAAUGCAAAAAGACAUUAGAGUAGGAUAACUGAUGCGCGCUGGGGGCCGCUGGCCGGUUUGCGUUGUCAGGGAGACAGGUCUGGUAAAUGAGGUUAAAGCCACACAUCUAGAUUUAGAUUUUUCAUGGAACAUGUGCAUUUUGCACUCACUUAUCUGUUCGGCCAAUUCUAGCAUAUUUAAUAUUUGUACUGUUGUCUUACCUUGAUGAUCGCCGGAUCAACUCCAUCACUUUCUUCAGGCCACUUUACUUGCGGGCAGAUAAUCGCGUCACUACACCACAAAAUCCCAAUGCUGCUACUUUUGAUUGACCUUUCUAGUUUCAUGAAUCAAGGCCUGCUGUGAUAAUGCAGCGAUUUCAUGAUGCGAAUUGAUUAUAGGGCAAUAGUUUUUAAAAUGGUACGGCAUUGCAUGUGCCUCACAGAGCACAUAUCAUAAACUAACGGGUUUGCAUUGGUACGACGAAUUCUAUUCGAAAGUUGGUAUGUGCAAGGUGAAUAAAGACCUUGGGUAUGUGUAGUUUUUUGUAUACUACAAUAACGCUAUUAGUAACAGUAACGAUAGCAACACACAACAAAAGUUUCAUUUCGCAUUAAAAAGGCAUAUCGCGGCUUAUUCUGCGAGGCGAGUGCUUCGUUCGGUAUGAGUUGCGUCGAAACUAAAGGCGCGAGAGUUUCAAGACGAACUCUGCGGCAUUUGAUUCAGUUCACACAACUCCUACGUAAUUGCCAAUGGCAACACAAUAAAAUUCGCUCUGUAGAAACUCGCCUUGUAGAAUAGACCCCAAUGGCGUAAUC